AGAUAAAGGGUUAAAAAAACACACAAUGUAUCAUCUGAGGUGGUUGAGGGCUGCAUUACAACAAGAGUACUUUCAGACAUUACCCUUUAUCACACGUAAAUAGGCCACAACACUUUUCCAACAAUAGUCACUGUGUAAGCUGUCAUUUAAUUAAGAUGGUUUGGUGAGAGCUGCUCUAAAGCAUGUCGUAGUAAUUACAUCUCCAGUAUGUUCCCCAUUUAUUCAACCUAGUUUCGUGGGAGCGGUUUACAACUGAAUUAAUUAAAUGUGUUUGACUUAAUUGAGUGCAGGUUUCCUUUGAAAUCAGUUAUAUGUAUGAAUGUCUUGGAUUUCAAUACCUAGAAAUGAUAAUCAUUAGGCUUUACACUGUAUAAUAUGUACUGGUGUAAAUUACUGUUUAGAGAAAACCUGUUACGUCUCCAGGAUAAGAUAAAAUAUAAGACAGUUAUCAGUAAAUGUGUUGGUUCAGAGUUCCCUUAACUGCAGGACCAGGUCUCGUGCUGACCGUCUCAUCAUUCAGUUUACUCCCUGAAGAACUAGAUCACCUGUUGUGGUCUGUCAACGCCGUCAGUGUAGAUCUGGAGCCCGAAGCCUCCACGUCCACCAGGAUCUCGCUCCUGCCUUUUCCUCCUCGGGGUUGCCAAGGGACAGAUUCUUUGGCUGCUAUCGAAGAGGAGGGAAGGCACAGACACAUUUCAACGAUGGGAGCAAAGACAAGAGGCCGUGUUAAUGUAAGCAGAAUAGGUAGAUGUGUAUGUCAUAAUGAAAGGUGUCAGCUGUCCAACAAUGAUCGACCUUCGCAUCAUCUAUGAUAUGGAGGAGAAAGGGAUUAUGUUGGUGUUUUUACCCAGAUCUAGUGUAGAAGAACUAAAACAGCAGAUCCAGAGGUCAUGCUGCUAACAGUAAAGGUCAGUGCCCACACCCUGACACCAAUUCAUAUAUACUUAAAUUUAUUUUAAUUGACAUUUUAACCAAGAAAUUGUUUACCAUGGUGUGCUUUGUUGAAGCCUGGGUGUGGCUUGUCUUUUCCCAAAUAAAUUCAUUAUAUGGGACUUGAUAUUGUUAUGAACAAUAAUUUUGUGCACAUGUCUAGACUGUUUCCAGUUUUAAACACUAUCACUUAGUUGAAGUUAUAGUAAAAUUCCUAAUUAAGUCGUUGCCUGUUUAAUCAAACCAAUACAAAUAUACUGGAUGGGGGAGUUGGAGUCAAGAGAAUACACGUGUGGCCCCGUAAAUGUUUGAUUUGUAAUGAACAGGAAGUUGUAUCAAAGCUGCACAGAGUAAUGAUGGAGACAAAGCGGACAUGUGGGAUGAGCAUACGACCUGACUUAGUUCCCAUAUAUUCCAUUUGUUGCGUAAACGUGCGCGUCUCCCCCUGCAAGUCCAAGUCCCUCCCAGCCAGGGGCUGCUGUUCAUUCAGACUCAUCUGGUCCUCGUUCCUCUCCGAGCCACGAUUCACUCAGUCGAGUGUAACAAUCUCCAUCUCCUGCUCUGUACAUCCUACCCACCGCCUGCAGAGGGGAACUGUUGAAGAACCCAAACGGGGAUUUUUGGCACAGACGAACACGCGAUGGGUUUAUAUGUGUUUGUUGUUUUUUUCUUCAAAUGACUCUUAUUAUUUCACACCCCUCAAUGAGCGCGUAAAAGGGCUGGAUGAGUGGAGGAACACGCGGCUGCAGUAGAUCCAUCCCCGUUGCGCGCCGGUCCAGGAUGAGGGUGUCCGUCGGCUCUCUGGUGAUCGUGGCCGGCGUCUGUGGUUUCCUCAGCUUCGCUUUUUUGGCCACUUCCCUCGGAACCGAGUAUUGGUACAUCAUCGAGAUGAAUCCCACGAACACGAGCGACCUUGAGGACAUGAGCUCCCACUCGGGACUGUGGAGCAUAAACGAAGGUGGGAAGAUGAACGCGGGCGCCAUUGACUCUUUCAAAGCGGACCGCUCCAGAUACUCUGAGGCUGAGCUGCACAUGCUGGACAUGCACAGUGCAAUAGUGGUGAUGCUUCCCCUCAGCCUGGUCCUUCUGCUGUUAGGUGGGAUCUGCGGCUUGGUCAGCUCCCUGGCUCGGAGCCCCGUGCUCCUCACCAGCUCGGCCUUCUACUUCUUCAUCAGCAGUCUGCUGACCUUGUGUGGCGUGAGCCUCUACAUCAUCUACUCAUACAAGGCCCUGGCAGAGACGGAGAGGCUGGUGGGGCCCGAAGGCCUGGCCCACGUUCACACCUCUUUCGGCUGGUCCCUGGGUAUGGCCUGGCUCUCCUACGGCCUGGAGCUCCUCACCGGUGCGCUGCUGCUCGGAGCUGCACAGAUGGCCAAGGCGCAGCACAGCAGGCCCUCCUGGCCUGACACGAGCCUCGACUGUGGAUCCAACACAGCCAGGAAGGGCAUUGAGCUAUACUGAACUGUGUAUGAAUGUGGGAGGAAUAAAACGACCAGGUAUGUUCCUGCCACACGUGGCUCUGCCUUAGAACGAGAUAACAAACACUCGGCGGACAGUAUUAAGACUUUCACGACAUGCAGAGGGCUGAUUAGGAUUUAAAUUAGUUUAAAAGAGUGUUUCGUGUUAAAAGAGUGUUUCGUGUUUCACAUUCGAAUAUUCUUCAAUCUACUUCAGACAGAAAGUUGAUGUUCUGGUGGUUUACAAUGAGUGAAGUGAGUUGGUGUGCUCUGAGUGUCACUUGACAAGUUGCGCCCUCUUGUGGUGAGACCUGAAGUGGCUUCUCGUAUCCACAGGCUGAUUGUUAAACUGUCGGAAUUUAAUCUGUGCCAAACCAAACAGACUAAAGAUCAUUUCAUGUUAUGUAAUAUGUACAUACAUGUUUUUAUUGUCACAGCAUUGCACAUGCAAAUUGUCUGUAUUUUUAAUCAGGCAGAUUGAUUUGAUGUUUGUUUUGAAUGUUUAGUGUGAAAGUUAAACAGUUUGUAUAUAUCAUUGUGCAGUGUUUUAUCUCGGGUCUUUGUUUAUGCAGUUGACUGGUUACGUUGGUAUGAAAUUACUUGCAACACUCAUACAGAUUGUGUUUGACAGUUCAUGAGCUUUAAUCUUAAUCCUAAUUUGGGCAUCCAGCAUGUUCUUAUACCAUGAUCAGGCCAGAGCCUGACGUCUUCAAAUUCAGUGAUCAUUUGCUUAUAAAAACUCUGUUCUUUGUUUUAUACCUUGUUUGUUUUUCUAGCUACAGGAAAAAAUACGGAAAAAUCUCCCAAUCCUUGUGGGAUCGAUGCCACUCUGAUCUGCGAACUUUCACCCUUAUUAGCUGCAUUUUAUUUCUAUUGUUAAUUGUAUCCUUGCACCUUGCUGGUGUCGUUCUGGUGCGUAACCGCUCAUGACAUCACCAGUGACACUGAGGCUGUGUCUCAAUUGAACAGAAAACCAAUGUUACCAUGGUAACAGCAGGGGCAGUUUAUAGUAGUUAAUAGAUGGAGAGAUCUCUGUCCGUCAAUUUGCUAAAGAACCACUCAUCCAAAAAAAACCUUCAGUCGUCACUCGUGCACAUGCUGAGUCGAUCUGAUGAGAUGUGAGAAAAUCAAAAAUACAGAAAGAGUUGCUCCAUUUGAAGUUAGAUACUGCUCAUAUUUUGCAAUUAUAUCGCUUAGAUUCUCUACUUUGUAUCGCUGAUAUUUCAUAUUCCCAAA